AUAUCUUCUCCAAACCCCGGAGCACCUAGCAAGGUAAACGGCUUCAGCAACACUGGAACUUAGGUCAUCACAGUGUUAUUAUAUGAUUUUCAAUUCAGUGCCGUUUACCACCAUUUGAAACUGGAUUCUGUCAUAUUUGUUCGCAUCAAUUAACAGAAGUAGUCUUCAUAAGGUAACAAAAUGUCUGCUUUCGUUGCCAGUUUCAUUCAUCAACAAAAUCACGGCGAGGAUGACUGACACGGAGAUAGAGGGUCCGGGGAGACACAGGAACGGUGAUGUGCUCGCAGAAUCGGCGACAAAAAGAGAUGAUGUGUUUGAUGAAACGUACAAAGAGAAAGAAGGUCCUAAACCUUCAAUGAUAAUCGUGUGGAGAAAUAUCAUAUUGAUGACUUUAUUGCACAUUGGAGCCGUGUACGGCAUCACCCUCGUCCCAUCUGCUCAUGUUUUGACCUGGGCUUGGUUUGUGUUUUGCUUUUUAACAAGUGCUUUAGGAGUGACUGCGGGGGCUCACCGGCUAUGGAGCCACAGGUCCUACAAGGCCUCGUUACCUCUCAGAAUCUUCCUUGCCACUGCCAACUCCAUGGCCUUUCAGAAUGACAUCUUUGAAUGGGCUCGGGACCACAGAGUUCACCACAAGUUUUCAGAGACCGAUGCCGAUCCGCACAACGCCGUCCGAGGGUUCUUCUUCGCCCACAUCGGUUGGCUCCUGGUGCGUAAACACCCAGACGUCAUUGAGAAGGGGAAGAAGCUGGAGCUCAGUGACUUGAAGGCUGACAAGGUCGUCAUGUUCCAGAGGAAGUAUUACAAGAUGUCAGUGGUGCUGAUGUGCUUCUCCAUCCCCAUGUUUGUUCCUUGGUGCCUGUGGGGAGAGAGCCUGUGGCUGGGCUACUUCGUGCCGGGUCUGCUGAGGUACACCCUGGUACUGAACGCUACCUGGCUGGUCAACAGUGCUGCCCACAUGUGGGGAAACCGGCCCUACGACACCAACAUCAACCCCAGAGAGAACAAGUUUGUCACCCUUAGUGCCAUAGGUGAGGGGUUCCAUAACUAUCACCACACCUUCCCAUAUGAUUAUGCAUCAAGUGAGUUUGGCUGCAAACUGAACCUGACCACCUGUUUCAUCGACUUCAUGUGUUUCCUCGGCCUGGCAAAGGACCGCAAGAGAGUGUCCACUGAAAUAGUGCUGGCCCGGGCUCAGCGCACUGGGGACGGAAGCACCCGGAACCGGAGUGGCUAGGAGGUUGUCCCCAAUCUCAAAAAAGCUCCAAAACAAAAACCGAUGUAAAAAAUAAUAAAAAGAAAUACAUAUAUAUAAAACCGACAAAAGUUUAGUUUGCAGUGUAAUUUUGAGAGAUGCUUCUCUAUCUUGUAGCUACAGUCACAGCUUCACUCUUCUCCUUUGUGAGCUUUUUACAGAUUUCCUAAAGAGUUCUUAAAGAUUCAUGUUAGCUUUUAAAAUAAGGACUUUAAUCACCUUACGUUUUACUGUUUCAUUUCUUCUUCGCUGCAGCAAAUAGUCUGUUGUGUGAAAUGGUCCAAAUCUGUCUGUUGCCAAAGCUGGUAUGCUGCCAUUGGUCGAGCCUCCCUCAGUAGGCUGGAGGAGGUGUUCAUGAGCUGUGAAUUCUUCUUCUGCUGCAAUGUUACAUUGAUGUUGCCUAGGCAAUCAAUCCAGAGUUUCUCUUUAAUACU